AUGUCCCCGCUCGCGGUGCAGGUUGAGGCGUCGCUGGAGGAGCAAAACUUCACGGAGCUGUGGGGGAAGAAAGCCAAGGAGCUCUUCGGCAGCAUCUGGAGCAACUUCAGUGACCCACAGCUGAGGAAAAUCAUCGGCUCCAUCCAGACCCUGGGACCCUCCAACCUGCCCCUGGAGAGGAGAGAGCAGUACAACACCAUCCUAAGCAACAUGGACAAAAUCUACUCCACGGCCAAGGUGUGCCUGGCCAACGGUACCUGCUGGGAGCUGGAGCCAGACAUCUCAGACAUCAUGGCCACCUCCCGCAGCUACAAGAAGCUGCUCUACGCCUGGGAGGGGUGGCACAACGCUGCAGGCAACCCGCUGCGCGCCAAGUACGAGGAGUUUGUGAAGCUGAGCAACGAGGCCUAUCAGAUGGAUGGAUUCGAGGACACAGGCAGCUAUUGGCGCUCCUGGUAUGACUCAGCCUCCUUCGAGGAUGACCUGGAACAUCUCUACAACCAGCUGGAGCCGCUCUACCUCAACCUGCACGCCUUUGUCCGGAGGAAGCUGUAUAACCGCUAUGGCCCCAAAUACAUCAACCUGAAGGGUCCCAUCCCUGCUCACCUCCUGGGCAACAUGUGGGCUCAGCAGUGGAACAACAUCUAUGAUCUGAUGGUCCCCUACCCCGAGAAGCCCAACCUCGAUGUCACAAGCACCAUGGUGCAGCAGGCCUGGAACGCCACCCACAUGUUCCGGGUCUCGGAGGAGUUCUUCACCUCCCUGGGGCUGCUGGAGAUGCCCCCUGAAUUUUGGGAGAAGUCCAUGCUGGAAAAGCCAACAGACGGGCGGGAGGUGGUGUGUCACGCCUCAGCCUGGGACUUCUACAACCGCAAGGACUUCAGGAUCAAGCAGUGCACGACGGUGACCAUGGAGCAGCUGUUCACGGUGCACCAUGAGAUGGGCCACGUUCAGUACUACCUGCAGUACAAGGAGCAGCCCGUAUCCUUCCGCAGCGGGGCUAACCCUGGCUUCCAUGAGGCCAUUGGCGAUGUCAUGUCCCUGUCUGUCUCCACGCCCAGCCACCUCAAGAAAAUCGGUCUUCUCAGCAAUGCCACUGAGGACGCAGAGAGCAACAUCAACUAUCUGCUGAAGAUGGCCUUGGAGAAGAUCGCCUUCCUGCCCUUCGGCUACCUCAUUGACCAGUGGCGCUGGAAUGUGUUCAGUGGCCGCACGCCCCCGAACCGUUACAACUACGACUGGUGGUAUCUGAGAACCAAAUACCAGGGUAUCUGUGCUCCGGUUUCGAGGAAUGAAAACAACUUUGACCCUGGAGCAAAGUACCACAUCCCCGGGAACACCCCUUACAUCAGGUACUUUGUGAGCUUCAUCCUCCAGUUCCAGUUUCACAAGGCGCUGUGUCAGGCGGCCAACCACAGCGGUCCCCUGCACACCUGUGACAUCUACAUGUCCAAAGAAGCUGGAGCCAAACUCAGGGAAGUGCUGAAAGCUGGAUCUUCCAAGUCGUGGCAGGAAAUCCUGUUCAACCUCACUGGCACGGAUAAGAUGGAUGCUGGGGCCCUCCUGGAGUACUUCAGCCCUGUCACCAAGUGGCUUCAGGAGCAGAACAAUAAGACCAAUGAGGUGCUGGGCUGGCCUGAGUUUGACUGGCGUCCCCCUAUCCCUGAAGGCUACCCUGAAGGCAUUGACAAAAUAGCAGAUGAAGCACAAGCUAAAGAGUUCUUGUCCGAGUACAACAGCACGGGCGAGGUAGUGUGGAACGCCUACACGGAGGCAUCCUGGGUCUACAACACCAACAUCACCGACCACAACAAAGAGAUCAUGUUGGAGAAGAACUUGGCCAUGUCCAAGCACACCCUUGAGUAUGGCAUGAGGGCCAGGCAGUUCGACCCCUCCGACUUCCAGGACCAAAGUGUCACACGCAUCCUCAAGAAGCUGAGUGUCAUUGAGAGGGCAGCCCUGCCGGAGAAUGAGCUGAAGGAGUACAACACCCUCCUCUCAGAUAUGGAGACCACCUACAGCGUAGCCAAGGUCUGCAGAGAGAACAAAACCUGUCACCCCUUGGACCCUGACCUCACAGACAUCAUGGCCUCCUCACGGGACUAUGAUGAGCUCCUCUUUGCCUGGAAGGGCUGGCGGGAUGCUUCUGGGAAGAAGAUCAAGAACAACUACAAGCGAUAUGUGGAACUGAGCAACAAGGCAGCCAUGCUCAAUGGCUACACGGACAAUGGGGCCUUCUGGAGAUCCCUGUAUGAGACACCCACCUUCGAGGAAGAUCUGGAGAGGUUGUACCUGAAGCUACAGCCCCUGUACCUCAACCUGCAUGCCUAUGUACGCCGAGCCCUAUACAAAAAGUAUGGUGCAGAGUACAUAAACCUGAAGGGUCCCAUCCCUGCUCACCUGCUAGGCAACAUGUGGGCCCAGUCAUGGUCCAACAUUUUUGACCUGGUGAUACCUUUCCCGGAUGCCACCAAGGUGGAUGCCACCCCAGCCAUGAAACAACAGGGGUGGACACCCAAGAAGAUGUUUGAAGAGUCAGACCAUUUCUUUACCUCUCUGGGCCUCAUCCCCAUGCCAAAGGAGUUCUGGGACAAGUCCAUGAUCGAGAAGCCAACAGAUGGGCGGGAGGUUGUGUGUCACGCCUCGGCCUGGGACUUCUACAACCGCAAGGACUUCAGGUACCCGUGGGGAGCAAGUGGUGGCCUCAGCUGA